AAUUCACGAAAGAUUCCGGAAGGGACCUCACGACGGGAAGCAGCAGCAGCAAGCUAGUCAAGACUUCGGAUCAUUCCCUCUUGACCACAUUGUACAAUAUACGUUUAUAUUUCUGUCAUACAUUAUGUCUGUACUGUGUUAUAAUAAGGGAUGUGGACAACGUUUUGAUCCCGACAAGAAUUCAGACGACGCAUGCACAUACCACCCCGGAGUGCCAGUGUUUCAUGAUGCAUUGAAGGGUUGGUCUUGCUGCAAGAGACGAACAACUGACUUUUCAGAUUUCCUCAGUAUUGCUGGUUGCACGAAAGGCCCUCAUAAUCAGGAGAAGCCCCCUGAGACUAUUAAACCAGAAGUGAAGGCCUCUGUGGACAAGAGUGUGAAUGAUGUGAAGCCAAAGUUUAAUGAAUGCAUCACCCAAGCACCAAAACCUCUAGAGUCUAUUCAGCGACCAAGUCCAGAUGAGCCUUUCUCCAUUCUACAACAGAAGAUCUCUGCUUCGCUCAAACAGGCUUUAGAAAAGCUUAAAUUAACUGAGGAAAAUGGACAGGAGAUAAAGGAGGAGGAUAGUGAUGAAAUUAAGAUAGGGACGUCCUGCAAGAAUGGAGGCUGCAGUAAGACGUUCAACGGACCAGACAGUGAUGAAGAGACAUGUUUGUAUCAUUCUGGUGUACCUAUCUUCCAUGAAGGGUUGAAAUAUUGGAUCUGCUGUAAGAGGAAAACCUCAGACUUCAACACGUUUCUGUCUCAGGAGGGCUGUACCCGAGGAAAGCAUCAGUGGAAGAAAAAAGAUACCGGAAAGAAGGUUGUGCCAUGCAGGUUUGAUUGGCACCAAACAGGAAGUCAGGUCAUCAUUUCCAUUUAUGCCAAAAAUUCAGUACCAGAGCUGAGCUUAGUGGAGGGGAACAGCACUGUGCUUAAAAUCCACAUUAUAUUUGAAGGAGAGAAAGAAUUUGAACAGCAGAUCAGCUUGUGGGGGGUUAUUGAUGCAAGUAAAAGUUUGGUGAACAUGAUGGCUACCAAAAUUGAGAUUGUGUUGAAGAAGGCAGAACCGAUGUCAUGGGCCCGACUAGAUCUUCCACCUGUAGCUCCACCAAAGGAAAAAGAAAAGGAAAAAGAUGAUGACAGUGAGGAUGAAUCUGAUUAAAUUAAGAGGGAUCUCCAACCCUGCUCCUGGAGAGCUACCAUCCUGCAGACUUCAGUUCCAACAUACCUAUCUCUAAUCAUCAAGUAGCCCUGAACACCUUGAUUAGCUGGUUCAGGUGUGCUUGAUUGGGGUUGGAGCUGAAAUCUGUAGCUCUCCAGGAGCAGGGUUGGAGACCACUGCUGUAAGAGAACUACUAUUCUCUGAAUAGGACUGGGAAUCAUUUUCUCUGGUUCUAAGGUUUGAUACAUAAUGAAGCAUGAAUGUGUUAUAUAAAUCCUGAAAGCUCUUUGUUUGUCGAAGGUCAAACUAUAGAUUUAUUGUACAGGGCAUGUUUAAAGAAAGCUCUCAAAGAACUAAGUUACUGUUAAUAAAAUAUUUUGAUUCAAACCAAAAUGUGUGCAGUCCUAGUAAAUGGAGCAUUUCACAUUCCACUGUUUUGUUUUUGCCAAUGCACAGUGUCAUUGAAGCGGUGUUCAUUAAUAAGUUUAUCCAGAGCAAGAGUUCAUAAUUGCAAAGAUGUAAGUGAAAGCACACAUUUUCUUGCAAAAGAUUACUUGCCCUUCAAAAAAAAAAAAGUUCUGAAAUGGUUGUAAUUUACCAAUUUAGUCACUUUCAACAGACCAGGAUUUUCAUAAGGGUUGGUUUUCUUAGGAAAAAGCAGCAUUGUUAAAUUCCUAUGCAGCUUCUCCAGUAUUUAUUUAAAAAAAAAAAACUGAUGCCAAUGAGGACCAGAAACUAUUUGGUCACCCACUUUAAAAAUACCAUUUAAGUUCCACAAAGAAACUCAUAUGGUUGUAAUAACCCAGAACUUCCAUUUUUGGGUGAACUAUCCCUUAUAAGUAUUAGACUUUGACCCUGAAAUGAUCCUCAAGUCUGUUUUCAAGAAUUUUGACUGGUCAUGUACACCUGUAGCCAGCUUUACACUAAUGAUGGCACAAAACCAGGGUUACCCAUAUAGUCAACAAAACCAGCCAUAUGUGAUGACACAUUAAGGUGGCUGCCGUGUUAUCUACAAGUCUCAAACUAUGCUACCUUGUCAGCAUGGCCAAUACAUUUUGUACAAAUUUUAACUGCCUUGCCCUGAAAUCUGAGCCCAAAAGAAAUAGGCCAGAACAUACUGCAAAAUGUUUUAUUUAUUCAUUCAGUUGAAGCUUAUUAAAAAAAAAAAAAAAAAAUCAGAAGUCAAAUCUCUUUUGGACAUCAGAUGCUCCAAAGACAAAGUUUGAAUCUGUGGCUUCAGUUGUCAGACACUGAUCAUCACCAUCCUGAGUGUGAAAAGAAUAGCAUCAGGGGAAUACAGAUAUUUUCAGUUUUACAUAGCGCAUUUGCAAAAUAAGUAUUAGUGGUGUUUGACACCACUUCCUAUCCUAACAACAUCCCUUGAUACCCACCUCACUGAAAUACUUCUCAAUAAGAGCUUGAGCUGCCCGAUAAACGGCAUUGUUCUCAUGGUUUUGAAGAAACUCAAUUCGAUCCAGCCCUCCCACUUCCUCCACCAACAAACAAAGCUUAUCCACCUCCCCAAGUUUCUCAGCAGCC